CGAGACAAGUUGAAUUUAUUCUUUAAAAAUGUUAACCUGUAAAUUUUCAUACUGGAAGCAAAAGGCCCCAAAAAAAAUAAGAAAAAAGAAAACCUGAUUGAAGACAAGUGAUUGAAAACCUUGUCUUCCUUCUUUCCAAAUUUCAUAAAGACAAUUUAGAUUACAGAGCUCGAGGAUAGGGUUUUGUGUUGUGAUCUCUGUUUUCAAAUGCUCUGUCAUCGAAGAGUAGGAUCAGAAUGCAGCAAGCUUUACCGCCUAGAACCUCUGAUUAUCUCACCGCUCUCACACAAGAAAUCGAGAAAAAGCUUCAGCGGGCACUAGUUUCGCCAUCACAGAGACGCAACUUGUUGGAAGAGCUAUUUGCGGACAUAGCUUUGGAAGUUGAUGACCGAGCAAGGGAUAUAAUCCUAGGCAGAGAAGAUGUAAUCUCUUUGGCGGAGGUAGAGACUGGGGGUCCAUUAUGCUUUUACGACGUGCUAGCAGAUUAUUUUGUUGGGGCGCCUGAAAAAGGGAAACAUAUCCUAGAUUUGAUUGUUCAACUCUGGAGCCAGUCGUUUGCAUCUAAUAUUUUUUCCCUUCUGUUCCACAAAUGGUUGUUUGAAGUUCAACUUGAUAAUUCUGAUAUCCUCCUCCGUUACUCUUCAGCUCUUGUUCAAGGUGCUACCAAGGUCUUGUGGAUUGACAUCGAAAGCAACACAAGGUGCUUCCAUAGCCUUUUUCAGUAUCUUCUUGAGGAAGUUGCAUUGGUGCCGCAGCAAUUAAAAAAAAUACCCUUACAGGCCCAGCGAGACUUGUUUCUUCUCCUUUCAAGGUUCAUACUCUUUUACAACAUAGUUGACAAGCUCGAAAGAUUUUUGAAGCAAUUUCCUGAUUAUCCAAAUGCUCUCUUUGUUGGUGGUCCAGCAGAUAUUUUUGUUACUGAACUAGCUGAUCAGCUACAAAAAUUGAAGGUGGAGCCAGUGCUACUGCAUUACCUUUCCCACAUUAAAGUUCUCCAGGGUAUGGAACUGAGGAUGACCACAAGUACAAGACUGAAAGCUUGCUUGUAUAGCUUCACUUCUCCUGGUGGUCCAAUGUAUCCUACACGAGCUGUUCGUCAUGCAGCUUGGGAAGCACUAAAUUUUCUUUUCCCAGUUGGGCGUUACCCACGGCAUCUUAUAAGCCUCUUUUUCCGCUUGCUGUAUCCAUGGUGCUGGCCCUCAUCUUGUUGGAACUUCAUUAUGUCUUGCAUCCGGGCUGUGAUGUAUUCCCUAUUGAGGUUGAUAUUUGGUGGCUGGGAAAAGUUGAAGAGGCCCUAGCAAUUAUCGAUGUACAUCCCACGAUUUCAUAUACCAAGCUCCCUGUGAGUAGAUAGAUGAACUUUCUUUGAAAAAAAGUAUACAGAUAUUAUUAGUUAAAAGAUCAGACUUUGGUGUGUAUAGCUUCUGGUGUACAUGUGACACUCCCGACAGUUGUUGAAAUAUUGAUUACCUGUAAUAAACAAGUUAGAACUAUGGUUUUGGACUUACCAGUACUGCUGUUGCCAAGUUUAAUGCAUCAAAUGGGUGUCUUUUUUUGUAGUCUUGCCCUUUCUUCAGUUUUAGCCUCUCUCUCUCUCUCUC